CAUUACCUAACAGGAGGUUUUUACCAAGACCAAAUGGGGCAGAUCAAUUGCAAGCAAUGCAGCUUAGGGACUUUCGUCUCCAAAGAACGACGUCCCGGUAUCCGUGCAACUGACUGCUGGGCAUGUCCGUACGGUAGGAACCAUCAUACUCAAUAUUAUUUUCUCACUUAGCGCCAGCGUCAUCGUCAUCACCUCACUAUAAGCAAAAACACCUUAUUUCUUACCAUCUCUUUCACUUUUAGUUUAUUAUGAACAGCUGUCCGGGCAAUAACUCAGCUUUUUUUUUAUUCCUUAAUGUACCAUCGUCAUCGUAAUAACCUCCCUUUUCUUACUAAACUCACCUUAAUUGACUCCAUGUUAAUUACCACUUUAGUCUCCACCUUUUGAGCGUUCAAUAAAUCAAAUUGCUGACGAGAAAGUAAUUUCUACUUGUAGACUAAAGGAAAUUGCUUAUUUUGUUGCUGUACACAAGUCAAGGACAAAUUAAUCAAACUCGGGAAAUGCAAUUAACCACUUUCACAUUGCCCAUAACACACACUGUCUACCCCUCAAAAUUUUGCAUAAACGCUGCAAUAUCUCUUGGGAAGACUACAAUAUCCAAGAUAAAUUGAAAGACAAUGGUUGUGGAGAACUGGGAGAUAAACAGGGUGUAUUUUAGGCAAUGUGAUAAUGACAUAUUCCUGGGUGUUUCAAUAAAAGAUACCAUUAAAAAAAACUGUAAAUCACACAACAUCACAUCCCGGGAAAUAAUUUCUCUCUUUGAUUUGAUAAGUUUUGGGUUGCGUGAUACUUGAAAUUAAAUUUUUGAGCGUUAUUGUGGACGUCAUAGGCUUCAUGAGACCCUUUCUCGGUAGAAUCCCCUGACUGAAAUUUUAAGUUUCAUUCCUGAAUCAGAUCGAGAUAGGGACAGCAGCAUUAGAUUUUCGCAAAAACAUUUUUAUUUAAAGUUUUAGUUUUUCCGAAAUUAUCCCUUGUCAAUUGUUUUUCUUUGAACAGGGACGCUCUCGAACGAACAUGCUGGUUAUCGCGCAUGUAAAUGCCUCCGUGGAUUUUAUCGUUUGGAUCGUUUUGGCCCAUGCUCAGAAUGUCCAGCUCAUGGCAUCAAAUGUGAUGACGAUACAGCAAUACUUGCACCUAAUUAUUUCUGGAAAUGGGCCAAUCAAAGUAGCAAAGAGUUCUACAAAGAGUUUGUUGACAACAUCCAUAGUUUUGGUUCUGGUUACAACGAUUCAUACACCAAAUUUAGUGUUUUACUGCCCAAACCAGUAAAAUGUCCUUUUGCUGGGUCCUGCAAGGGAGGAAUAAAUUCAGAGUGUGAAGAAGGAUACCAAGGAAACUUGUGUGCUACCUGUUCACAUGGCUACUACUUACGAUUUAAUUUCUGUUUGAAAUGUCCUGGAUUCUUGGUUUCCAUAAUUUCAUCAUUGGUGGUUAUUGGAGUCUUUAUUCUGAUCUUUACAAUGGUUCUGUGGGGAGACUCCAAAAAGACAGAAAAUAAUCGUACUGUUGCAGAUAUCAUCAUGUCCUGCUUCAAAAUUGUCAUCGGGUUUUACCAGGUUAUUUCCGGUGUUUUCUCGGCACUGACCAGAGUUCAUUGGCCAGUUACUCUGAUCGCAAUGGACAAGUUUCUGAAAUUGUUUGAUGGCAAUAUUUUUCAAUUUGCACCAUGGAGUUGCGUCUAUUCUCAACUUCGACUUAACCCGUUCUUAAAAUUCAUCUUGGUUCUUUCUGUUACCUUUCUUGUCGUUUCUUUUGCCUUUGUUUACAUGUUCCUUCAAUUGCUGUACAUCAAAAGCAAUAAGGAUCGUCCAGAGAGCGAAAAGCUACGUGCUCUUUCUAGGUUGAAGAGGUCCUGCUAUCGGAACAUUUUCCUGUUUCUGCUGGCAUCAUAUCCCAUGACAAGUAAAACAAUUAUCCAAAUUCUUCCUCUUCAGGGCGCAUGCGUCAAACAUUGCUUUUCAGACGAAGGAAGCCAGUGUAUCUCUCUCAUGAAGGCUGAUUACUCCAUCCAAUGCUUUACUCCCCAGCACAAGACGUAUUGGCCAUUUGCUGCCGUGUUUUCCGUAUACCCUGUGGGAUUUCCUCUGAUGGUACUGCUGCUUAUUUAUAAAUACCGACAAUCAGAGCGGUAUGAGGAACUUUCUUUUGGACUGAAAGUCUUUUUUGAGAACUACAAGGAUAAAUUUUGGUUCUGGGAAAUAACAGAGAUGUACCGAAAGUUGAUACUUAUCUCGCUAAUUUUCCUUUUUGGUUCAGGGGGAGUAUCCCAGAUUGGUCUGACUCUGCUGGUCGUGAGUGUCUUUGGUGUGGCCUACACAUUCUUCCGCCCGAUCAAAGGCAAAUUUGAAGAUCUACUGCAAACCUUUGUUUUGUGGGUUAUCUUCUUUGACGUUUGCCUCGGGGCAAUGUACAGCACCUCUGAUGUCACCAAAGAUAAUGACUCCUUGAUCGUGAACAUCCUGUUCGUCGUCCUCAACAGCUCUGUGCUGCUGGUUGCUUUGGGUAAGCCUCAUGAUUAUUCAACUGCUAAUUUCUUGACUGACUCAAUGAGCAGAGCCCCUUCUGGCUCGUGAAAAAUUAAAACCAUAGAUUCUCUUCAAUGAUUCGCAAAGCGGCAUCCUAACAAAGGCAGGAUAAAUAGUAAGUUCGAGAAGAAAGAGAGGAGAAGAGAAAAAAAGCGAUGGCCGCACUAUACGUUUUUAUAUUGGCUUCUUUGCACAGAGAUUUUGGCCAAAAAAGGUCCAUUGACCGAGGAGGUCUAUUUCCUGGAAACGUUUUCAAAAAUCGAGCUACAAAAAAUUAUACAUAAAAGCAGGGAUUUUAUGCCACCAGCACGAAAGAAUUAAAUGCCACUCUUUAGGAAGAUUGCAAUUAAUCUUAGCUAAUCUUAAAUUUUUAAUCCUGUUGGUUUAAAUAUCACAUGAUGUCUUAAACUUUUAUUUUUAGGUAAAGGGAUCGCGCACUUAUCGUUUGUAUACAAAAAGGUGUCAUCGUGUGUCCUACAUUGCAUCAAAAUGAUUCAUUGUAGAUUGGCUUAUAUCAAGAGAAAGAUUGUUAGCUGUUUCCAGACGGUCUUUGGCCAAAGACCAGAGCCAUAUGAUGUACAAAGGCAUCUUCUGAUCCAAGAGUUCACUUGA